CGUUCUCGCUUCGCAGGCCGCCGCCUAAGGGGGGGCCGGUGCCAGCCGCCACUUGCCGCUGCCGUGAUGCCGCGGGUGUACAUCGGCCGCCUGAGUUACCAGGCCCGGGAGCGCGAUGUGGAGCGCUUCUUUAAGGGCUACGGGAAGAUCCUGGAGGUGGAUCUGAAGAACGGGUAUGGUUUUGUGGAGUUUGAUGAUCUGCGUGAUGCAGAUGAUGCUGUUUAUGAACUGAAUGGCAAAGACCUCUGUGGGGAGCGAGUAAUUGUUGAGCAUGCCCGUGGCCCGCGUCGAGAUGGCAGUUACGGUUCUGGACGCAGUGGAUAUGGUUACAGAAGAAGUGGCCGAGAUAAAUAUGGACCUCCCACCCGCACAGAGUACAGACUGAUUGUGGAGAAUUUGUCAAGUCGGUGCAGCUGGCAAGACUUAAAGGAUUAUAUGCGUCAGGCAGGAGAAGUGACCUAUGCAGAUGCUCACAAGGGGCGCAAAAAUGAAGGAGUGAUUGAAUUUGUAUCUUAUUCUGAUAUGAAAAGAGCUUUGGAAAAGUUGGAUGGAACUGAAGUCAAUGGCAGAAAAAUCAGAUUAGUUGAAGACAAGCCAGGUUCUAGACGCCGCCGGUCGUAUUCCAGAAGUCGGAGUCAUUCAAGGUCUCGCUCUCGAAGCAGACAUUCUCGAAAGAGCCGAAGCCGAAGUGGCAGCAGCAAAAGCAGUCAUUCUAAGAGCCGGUCCCGGUCCAGGUCAGGCUCCCACUCCCGGAGCAAGAGCCGCAGCCGUAGCCAGAGCCGCAGCCGCAAGAAGGAGAAAAGCAGAAGCCCCAGCAAGGACCGGAGCCGCAGCCGCAGUGUGGACAAGAACCGUGGCAAGAACAAAGACCAUACUGAAGACAAGAUGCAGAACAAUGACAGUGCAGGCAAACCCAAAAGCCGGAGCCCCAGUCGUCACAAGAGCAAGAGCCGGAGCAGGAGCCAGGAGAGGAGAGCAGAGGAAGAGAAGCGCAGGAGUGUGAGCAGGAGCCGGAGCAAGGAGAAGAGCCGCAGUAAGGAGAAGAGUCUCAAGAGUCGGAGCCGGAGCAGAAGUAAAGGAGGCAGCCGGAGCCGCAGCCGCAGCAAAAGCAAGGACAAGAGGAAGAGCAGGAAGAGAAGCAGGGAGGAGAGCCGGAGCCGUAGCCGCAGCCGCAGCAAGAGCGAGAGGAACAGGAAACACAGCAGCAAGCGAGACAGCAAGGCAGGUGGCGGCGGCAGCAGCAGCAAGAAAAAGAAGAAGGAUGACACUGACCGCUCACGGUCCAGGUCACCGUCCCGCUCUGGGUCAAAGGAGCGGGAACAUGCCAAGGCUGAGUCUGGUCCAAGAGAAGGCCGAGGGGAGAGUGGAGAUGCUGGUCCCAACACGGAGACCCGGUCCAGAUCAAGAUCCAAUUCCAAAUCAAAACCAAAUCUUCCAUUGGAAUCUCGUUCCCGUUCAAAGUCAGCUUCAAAAACCCGGUCUCGUUCUAAGUCUCGAUCCAGGUCUGCUUCCAGAUCGCCCUCUCAGUCUAGAUCUAGGUCCCAUUCAAGGUCCUAACUGGCUACUCCCACGGCUGGAACUACCCAAGAAGUCUUUUGUACAUGUUUGGUAGCCGUAGCACAAGUGAUUGAAGUAGACCAUACGUCACUGCUGUACAUUUUUAACUCCCCUAAUGGUGUGUCUAUAAUUGUUAAAUCUAAGUGCUUCCUCUCAGUAAAGCCUCCUGGCACCAGGCCUUCCUGCUCGACUGAAAAAAAAAAUUCUCUUUGAAUCCCCCUCCCCCCCUUACCCAUGGCCCACAGUAGAAUAUCCAGAUGCCUUGGCUUUCAGGCCUGGCUGUGCUGCAGGGAGCCCGGUACCUGGACGGCUCGUGAGGCCAGUGGAGUGAUGGCAUAGGUAGGUAUGGUGAGUUCAACCAUUUUUGCCCUUGAAUUGACGCCCUUUGAUGUAUGCCAUUUAGUGAAAAGUGCUGUCUUCAGUUUCCUACCACUUUGGUUCCCUAUUUUUGGACUUAACAAAGUUGUGAAUAGCACAGUCGAGGAAAAUUGAUACCUGCAGUAACCCAUAGGAAGUAAACUGUAGAGUUCCAUAUUCUGGUAUUGUGAUUAUAUUGUUUUAUAUUAAAAGGAAAGAAAAGAAUUUUUUUUUAAUUUUAUUUUUCCCCGUCUUGCAAAGUAUAGUGGCCCCUGUUUCCAUUAAAUUUGAAUAAAGACUAUUUUUGCUUGACAAAA